AUGGCGACCUCACAUUCUUCUGCUACAUCGACCACUCCGUCACGCAACGGCAACCGUCGCGUCACAUCACCAGACACGACGUCGCGCACAUCGCAAGCGCCUGUCGUGACCCGACCCAAGAGGCGCCCCCACCGCAUCUACCAGCCAGCCAAGAACUCCCUUUACGACAUCUUUGAGCAACACUCUGGCACGGCGCUCUUUGUGCGCCCCAUCUGCUGGACUGAUUUACAUGCUCAACUCCUCGGUGUGAAAUGGGAGGAACUACCACCAUGUGAUACACCUCAGCCUACGAUAUCCCCAUCAACGCCACCUUCGCCAGGGCACCUCAAUCCGUCGAAUACAAUCAUCACUCUUAACAACGCGCUCCCGAUGCACCCUAUCCUCACUUCCAAUGCCGUCAAGACAGCCCUCAUGACGCUAUGGCCUAAAGCCUUUAGUGACCCGCAUUACUUACCCGAAUUCCAUCUAUACUUUGGCGGUCUCGUUUAUCGUAAUGCUGUGCCCGCGCAGAUCUUGUGGAAUUUCCCUUCUGAUGAGGCAAAGUCUUCCUACUCUUCCUUCAGAUCAGUCUCAGCGCGGCCUGCCAAAUCCUCUAACGUCUCAACGCAGUUCCCUCCAAAUCAAAGCCCUGCUAAUCUACCCAUGAUCUGCUAUAUUGGCAAGACCCAGCUGGCGUCAGUCCGAAACAACUCAUUUCGCCUUGCAUGUGGCCCAGGGAGACCAUGGAACGAGCCCGUGUUUCGUCUCCAGCAACUCAGGGCUCGCAUGCUCGUGCCUUCAAAUUCAGAUCACGAUGCGCACUUCGUGGGCGUAUUUUUAGGGAUGGCGCAGAAGCACUUUUACCCUUCCCCACCUUUCACUGGCAGACGUGACUUACGAAUAUCCCCAGAGCAAGGCAUUCCCCCGUGCCCUAACUUUCACGACCUCAAAUUGAGGAUCCUCACCCACGACACGGACACAUUGGAGUUUAUUGUCUACACUGGAUACGUAACAAAGGAAUUUUUGGAAAAAUUCCACGACCCGUUCAAGGCGCCGCUCGACGAUGACGAUGCUGCCGUUUCAGGCCUCAAGAUCGAAUACACAAGGGUUCCCAUUUGGCCGAUUCUAGGCCUACGAGAGAGACUUGGCAAAGCCUUAGGCCAGGAAGUUGUUGGUGCUUUUAAUCCAGGAGAGAUAGAAACAUGGGAGAAAGAACGCGAAGUAAUUAACAGUAACUUCGAGGAGGAGUUUGAUGACGAACCGGAAAGGGUGUCAAAGAAGUGCUGCCUGAAUUGGAGUAUACCGGUCGGUGUACUCAUCUGA